CUCGUAUGGAAAUAGUAAUUUAGGAGUGUAAUUUAACGAGUGUAUAUGCUUGCGGAAAAAAAAGUUAUAUUUUAUAAGAAGUUAUACUUAAAUCACAAAAACACGACUCUCAAAUACCUUAUUGAAUUUUACCACGAUACUGGAUUUUAUGAAAAUCAUAUAUGAUAAACAUCAAACUAUAAAAUAACAAAAAACGAAGUAGCACAACCAAAGGGACACGUGGUGGGAGGAGUGAUACGUGUAGCUAAAAGAAGAAAGUAAUCCCAUUUUAUAUAAGCUAUAAUAUAGAUAUUUGGGAAUAGUCUUGCAUUCGCACACUGAUCACCGCUAGCUCCUGUGGAAGAGAGUAGAAAUGGGACAAGGAGAAGAGGUAAACACCAGAAGCCCACCGGAGGUAGAGAUUCAGGAAAGAGGGGAGAUAUAUUUCUUUUACAGGCCUAAAGUAAAUAAGGAAGAAGCACAUAGCUCCGAUGAUGUGCAGCGGAUGUACAUAGUUCUAAGGCCCGAGUCCGGCGAGACGUCCACUCAAAUCAAGCAGAAAGAAGAAGAAGAAGAAGAAGAAGAAGACGACCCACCGCCUACUCAAGGUGGCUAUGGCUCCCAGGUGGUAAACAUAGAGAAGAAUUCACUCCUCCGGUUCAUUGUCAUGGGCCAGAAGAAGCUCCCGGAUCCAACCAAGAAGAGCAGGCCGCUUUGGGGCUUCGUAGAGUUGGUGACCACCAAGAUUGAGGAUGUCAAGGAUGCUCUGAAAGGAGGGGAAUAUGAUACUGCGAAGAGUGGACACAGGCACAAAGCUGCAGCAAGACCAGUAGGGGAAGGCAUAUACCGCAUACUAAGGCAUCACAGCGGGAAGAAGAUGCACACCCAUCUGAUUUACAAGCUAGAAUUCCCAUCGGAAGAAGAGAAAAACGAACCACAAGAGGCUUUAAACAUCGAAAAAGAGGCAUCUUUCCUUAUACAAAUAAAGAAUCCGACCCAGAAAGGACAGUUUAGGGGACUUAAUAAGAAGAAAAGAGCGGUGUUCCCUGCCCACCUGCAAGGACAGUUUGGGAAAUUACGCUACCAUGCUGCAGAUCCUCCUGACUUUUUAAACUAUGAAGGUUGCGAGUUUUUGCUGAUCUCAGCAUCCGACGACAUUGAAGAAGAGCUUGGGUUGGAGUUGAAGAGCGAGGUUGAAGAGACACAGGAUGCUUCUUGCUCCGACCUUCUUAACACUUUUGGAGAGACUUCAUCCACAAAUGCCCUUCUCAAAGGGAUUUGGCAUAGCGACGACAUUAAGGUUCCAAUGGCGAUGUUUGGGGGAUCUGUAAACUAUGCAUCUGCAUUAUAUAUUGCAGCUGCAACAGCCAAAACAUUGGAAAAAUUUGAAGCAGAGCUUCUUGAUCUUGUUGCAGCCUCUUAGAAAUCUCCAACUUUUUCACAGUUCAUGAAGGAUUUGGCAGUGCCUGCAGAUACACGAGUCAAGGCUAUGACUCAGAUCUGCGAUCAGGCUAAAUUUUCAGAAAUCACA